CAUCAACUGGGCACAGAAAGAGCUCCCUGGGCAGGAGCCAUGGCACGGCCCACUCCCUGCUGGCUGUGCGUCCUAGCGACCCUGGCGGGGCUCUCAGCUACCCGAGGCCCCGAGACCUGUCCAGAGAGGCACUACCGGGCUCAGGGAGGGCUGUGUUGCCAGAUGUGUGAGCCAGGAACGUUCUUCGUGAAGGACUGUGACCAGCACAGAAAGGCUGCUCACUGCAACCCGUGCAUACCAGGGGUCUCCUUCUCCCCAGACCCUCACACCCGGCCCCACUGUGAGAGCUGUCGGCACUGCAACUCUGGUGUUCUCAUUCACAACUGCACCGUCACUGCCAAUGCCGAGUGCACGUGCCCCGAUGGCUGGCAGUGCAGGGACAAGGAGUGCACCGAGUGUGAUCCUCCUGCAGGCUCCCAGCUGGCUGCCCGGCCACCUCAGGGCCCAGGCCCGCACCCUCCACCCACCCACUCACCUUACGGCAAAAAGGUGCCGGAGGCCGGGACAGGCGGGCACGUGCAGACGCCGGCUGAUCUCAGGCAGCUGCCGGCCACGGCCCACCCUACCCGCUGGCCUCCCCAGAGGUCUCUGUGCAGCUCAGACUGCGUCCGCAUCGUCGUGACCCUGUCCGGCCUGCUUCUGGCUUUCAGCCUGGGCGGAGCCCUGUUCUUCCGCCCGCAAAGAAAACACCCAUCCGGUAAGGGGCAGAACCCAG